AUGUUUCACGCAGCACCAGGCCUUGUUAACGAGGAAACCGAUGGUCCUCGGCCCCCUACCUCGUCACUCUUUCAGUCAGAUAUGAGCGCCAGCGGGCGGCCCAGGACGAGCUCGUUCGCUGAGUCUCAGGUAGCUUCAGGAACCGCUGUAGCAUCCGCCGGAUCGGCCGCUGCCGUGGGGAGCAACGUAGGAAAGUCCGGGGUCUCACAGGCCUCGGCGGACAGCCCUUCUGCCCUCGCCAAUUUAAAACUAGCCAGAGAGAGUGGGAAGGUGACCACAGUGGUUGCCACCCCAGGCCAGGGCCCGGAUCGCCCACAGGAAGUGUCCUACACUGAUAUCAAGGUAAUAGGAAAUGGAUCCUUUGGCGUUGUGUAUCAGGCACGCCUCCUUGACAGCCAGGAGUGGGUGGCCAUAAAGAAGGUACUUCAGGAUAAGCGGUUUAAGAACCGAGAACUUCAGAUCAUGAGAAAACUGGACCACUGCAACAUAGUGAGACUCCGCUAUUUCUUCUACUGCAGUGGAGACAAGAAAGAUGAGGUGUACCUCAAUCUGGUGUUGGACUUUGUGCCUGAGACAGUCUACAGGGUGGCACGACACUUCAGCAAAGCCAAGAAUAUUAUUCCUGUCAUUUAUGUGAAGGUGUAUAUGUAUCAGCUUUUCCGCAGUUUGGCCUACAUUCACUCCCAGGGUGUUUGUCACAGAGACAUCAAACCACAGAACCUUCUAGUGGACCCUGAAACAGCUGUACUCAAGCUGUGUGACUUUGGCAGUGCAAAGCAGCUAGUGAGGGGCGAGCCCAAUGUCUCCUAUAUCUGUUCACGUUACUAUCGUGCCCCUGAGCUUAUCUUUGGUGCGACAGACUAUUCCUCCAACAUUGAUGUCUGGUCAGCUGGAUGUGUGCUGGCUGAACUGCUUCUGGGACAACCCAUCUUCCCUGGAGACAGUGGAGUGGACCAGCUAGUGGAGAUCAUCAAGAUACUUGGAACCCCCACAAGGGAACAGAUCCGUGAAAUGAAUCCAAACUAUACAGAGUUUAAAUUCCCUCAGAUCAAAGCACAUCCAUGGACCAAGGUGUUUAAACCAAGGACUCCUCCUGAGGCAGUAGCUCUGUGUUCUAGGUUGUUGGAGUACACACCAGUGACACGGCUGUCUCCACUUCAGGCCUGCGCUCACGCCUUCUUUGACGAACUGCGCCAACCUGGUACACGGCUGCCCACUGGUCGAGAGCUGCCCCCGCUUUUCAACUUCACUACAGCAGAGCUAAUGAUUCAGCCCCAGCUAAAUUCCACUCUCAUUCCACCUCAUGCCCGUGCACAGACCACAGCGUCCUCCAACGAUGGCUCUGAUGGUUCUGUACAGACCGGAUCUACUCUGACCAACAGCACCUGAGACCGUGAAUCCUAAAAAAAAUUAAGCUUGCACACAAAAGCAUCUGAGCCACCAUAGCGCAUUUUCUCUGACAAACACAUACAGUCUUACACACUCUUUACCUCAUACAUGGCUUUCUCCUCUCUACAGCUCAAAAUUCAAACAUUUAUUCAGGUGCCAUAUGUUUCUAAAUUACCAGUGACAGACAGCUCUGUACAGCUGAUGUUGGUUGCAGUCAGAUUGUUUGAUAACAUCUGAUCUAACUUGCAGUAUACAGAGAAACGUACUGUACACAUAACAUACACACUGCCAUGUACAUGCAACAAACAACAACAAACCGAGUUUCACUUAUACUGGUAAUAUUUGCUUCAAAUAAUAGAGGUAGGAAAUCUAGACAGUGCUUCAAAUAGAUGUGAAUAUCCAUAUUAAAGCUCACGGGCAUCCAUAAUGCAAUACUCAUAAGUGUUAUGGAGGUGAAAUAUAGUUGGUUUAACGGCUAGAGGGGCAGGUCCUCUGUCUAAUAAUGUCCUAAUUUAUUUAUUUUAUUUAAUUUUCAAUGAACUCUAGUGCAGUAGUUUGAUUUACCCUUGAUCCCCUUUGAAAUAUCAUCCUCUCAGAUGUAAAAAUACAUUUUGCAGGGAACAAGCCGUCAAGUUAAAGACGUAUCCGGUUGUAAAUGUCAAGGAAAAGGGGAGGGCAAUCUUUAUUGUGAUGAUUUUAUACAAUUGUUGAAUCAUAUUGUUUAUAAACUAGAAUUAUUUCUUGCUUUUACCUUCCAGUAAAUGUACUUAUUAUUUUUAAAUGGUGAUUUGGAUGGACUUGAAAGCUUCUACGGAUGUCAUUUGUUCGCAAAUUGACAUUGGUUAACCUCUUAGAUGAGGUCGUGUUGGCGUUUUCUAGCACUAGUUGAGAAAGGGUUUAAACUUCUAAGUUGACCGUAAAGAAGGGAAUGAAUGAGUGCAAGAUGUAUCCAAGACUUCAGACAUUAGAGUAUUAGAGUAGUUGUACUGUCAUCGAGCAAUAUCUGCUCAUAAGUGCAAUGUAUGAGUGAGGGAAAGAACAUUUUAAGUGACUUUAUCUGCCUGGAUGUUAAAUCAUUAAUUGUAAAUUAUGUUCCAUAACUAGGUUUAAUCUAUGCUUGUGAGAUUACAAAAUCUUCAUACAUUCAAAUUAAUUUUUAGUCAACAUCAGGUCUAGGUCCAAAGACUGAACCCUUUCAUUCUGCAUUAGCAGUUCACUCAAGAUAAUUGAAAGGAAUAUUCUGGGUUUAAUGCAAGUUAAGCUCAAUCAUAUUGUUGAUUACAACAAAAAUUUAUUUUCACUCGUCCCUACUUCUCUUUAAAAAACAAAACAAAAAAGUUACAGUGAGGCACUUGCCAAUUUGUGAAUGUUAUACUACUCACUGUUUCAGGGCCAGUGGUGGCUCAGCGGUUAAGGCUGAUCAAAAGGUUGGGGGUUCAAGCCCCAGCACCGCCAAGAUACCACUGUUGGGCCCUUGAGCAAGGCCCUUGACCAUAUCUGCUCCAGGGGCGCUGUUUCAUGGCUCACCCCAGCUUAUUUGGGAUAUGCGAAAACAACUGCAUUUCAUUGGCUCUGUACCUGUACUCUGCACAAUGACAAUAAAGUUGAAUCUUAAUCUUAUCUUUCCAAAGUAUAGCUAAAAGAUGUAAACAGUAACAUGUUAAACAUGAUUUUAGUGUGAUAAAAUUGCUUACUAAACUUUUCCGUGUUAUUUCCAAUUUUACAACUUUGUUGCCAUAACGACGUAACCGUGUAUUCCAGGUAAUUUAGUAGUCUGUUGCGAACAUGACGAUAUAAACAGCUUUAGAACUCAAAUAAUACACAAGUUUUAACAGAAGAAAUAAUGUAAGUACUUUUAUAAAAUAAUAAGCUUCACCAAUCCUGCUUUAUUAAACCAAAAAUUGACCCCAUUCGCUUCCAUUUUAUCCGUCUUUUUUAUGAAAAUGAAACAAAAAAAUUAUUAUAAGUCAAAAUUUUUGAGGUAAUCAACAUUAUGCCACAAAUACUGUUUAUUGAGCUUAACUUGUAUUGAAAAUGGAAUAAUUCUUUAAUUAUUAUAUUUAAUUCGAUAAAGGUAUAUUCUUUGGAGUGCAGUGGUAGAACAGCCGUUAAACUCAUAAUGUCAGUCAACAGUAUUGAUAAACAAACUGUCCAAAAUACUAUUUUUAACAAAUCUCUUAGCUUAUCAAUAAACCCUCUUCAGCUCUAUUUCUGUUCUAAAAUUUCCACUCUACUACAAUCAGUUUCUUAUUCUUACUUUUUAUGACGUUCAGUGGAUGUGGCUUGACCAAGUUUGCUCCACCAAUCUGUAUGUAAAUAUACUUGUUUUUAAGCCCUGUGUAAGAUGUAAAUAUCAAAACUGUAUCACUGUGUUUUGUUGAUGUCUUGCUCUCCCUUCAUCUCUUUUGGACUAUCUCUUUGGUUUGAAGGAAAGCAUCAGUUUUGUUGCAUUUACAGUAUUUAUUGCUUUUAUUGUGCUGUGUCCUCUACGCAUGUUGCGGCUGAAAGUUUCACUAUCUUCUUGAGUAUUGUUUUGUGAAAUAUUAACCUAUUUAAGCGUACUGUAUAUCAGUCCAUAAGCUCAGCACUUGAAAUUAACAGUUUGAUUUGGGGGAAAUUAUUCAUUUUGAGAGAAAUGCUGCUCGUAAAUGUUAAUUGUCAGUUUGAGGUAGUUUGUUGUGGUCAUGCUUCUCUACUUGGCAAUCAUUUGCACUGAAAGCCAUGCUCAUAUGGGAUGUUUUUCAUGUAAAGGAUGCUCUGAAGUGAAUCGGCUGCUUCAAAACACUAGCUCUUUUGUGGUGGUUUUGCCAUCUGGCUUUUAACCUCAAAGACAGUGGAAUGUGUUUACUUUUUAAUCUGACAUCUGUGAAUCAACCCCACAGCAAUCAUGUAUGUGCACUCUUAGUGAAAUGUUUAUUUUUAUAUUUAAAUGUGUGUGCUUUAACGUUUAUUUCCCCCAUGUAAGGCUUGUUAAAUGAAUCGAGACCUGCCUGAAAAGUCUCUUCUCCUUCAUUGCUCCCGUAAUCCCCUCAAACCCCCAUCUCUGCGUUAAACCUACCAUAAAAAUGUGUAGCCCAUUA